GUGCAAUGCGGUUGUGUUGCGGUGCCGACGCUGCCGCUGCCAACACCCGUUUGUCUCCGUGCGGUUGGCAAAGGACCAUAUGUGGCAGGAAUUCACUAUUGUUGACUUCCGCCUGAAGUUUAUAAUUUUUUAUUGUUAAGGAACUGACCAUCCAAAAUGGGGUUCACAAUGCGAGAGGGCGGUUUUACGGUCUCGGACUACGUUGCAUUUGGUAUACUCUGCAUUGCGUCGUGUGCCGGUGGUAUAUGGUACAGUGCAAUCGGGUCACGUACCAAAGCCGUGGUGGAUAUACGAGACUACUUACUGGGAGGUCGUCAUAUGUCCACUUUCCCCGUCUCGUUGUCUCUUAUAGCCAGCUAUGUCUCAGGAGUGACGAUCCUCGGCACGCCGGCGGAGAUUUACAACUACGGGUUGCAGUAUUGGCUGAUCGUUGUGGCCAUCUUUAUAAGUUGCGUCAUCGUCAGUGUCAUUUACAUGCCAGUGUUCUGCCUUCUAGGACUCUCGUCUUCUUAUGAAUAUUUAGAACUAAGGUUUAACCGCCAUGUUCGAGCCGUGGCGUCCAUCUUGUUUUUAUUGGACGAGGUGCUGUUUCUGCCCAUGGUCGUGUAUGUUCCUGCGUUAGCGUUUAAUCAAUUGACUGGAUUUAAUGUGUUUGCGGUCGCUGCUGUAAUGGUCGUGAUUUGUGGUAUUUACACAGUAUUAGGUGGUCUCAAAGCGGUGGUUUGGACGGAUUCAGUACAAACAGGCAUCAUGUUUAUCGGAGUGCUACUUGUAGCCGUAGCCGGCACGGUGGCCGUUGGUGGCGUUACGAACGUACAUGAGAUCGCUCAGAGAACUGGGAGAUUUGAUCUGUCUAAUUGGAGUUUUUCUCCUUACGAGCGACAGACGGGAUGGGGGGCGAUCGUGGGAGGCACCUUGUACUGGACAUGUUUUAAUUCCGUCAAUCAGACUAUGGUACAACGGUAUAUAUCGCUCUCUACAUACAAGAAAGCAGUACAGGCUUUAGCCAUAUUUUGUUUUGGGGCAAUAAUUGCCAUAUGUCUCUGCGUGUGGUGCGGACUGACAGCGUGGGCAGCGUGGACACUAGGGGGCUGUGACCCACACGGUGUUCCAAUUGUGGAUGACAGGCUACUUCCGGCCUUUGUCACAUAUGUGUCCAAAGUUCAGCAUUUACCGGGAUUGAGUGGUGUAUUUCUUGCUGGCGUGUUUGGUGCAGGUUUGAGUUCCCUGUCAGCGGUUCUGAACGCAUGUGCGUUAGUUGGUGUUGAGGACAUAAUGCGUGGAUGGCUGCGAUUACAAUUGAAGCCAUUGGUCGAGGGCAUUAUUGCCAGGCUUAUCAGUGCUGUGUUGGCUGUUGUUUCUGUCGUUAUGCUUAUAGUAAUUGAGAAACUUGGCGGUGUUCUUGGCGUAGCAACGGCACUAUCAGCAAUCGCUGCCAGUACAUCUUGCGGUAUUUUUACCUUGGGCAUGGUAUGCUGGUGGGUGGGCCCCAAGGGCGCUAUUUCAGGAGCGUUCGCAGGAGCUCUCGUCGCCGGAACUAUAUCCUUGGGCACGCAGGCCGCGGCUGCUGAAGGACUCAGGGUCCCUCCACUGAACUUCAGCGCGACUUGUCCUCAUAAUCUCACUUUCAAACUACUUAAAAUGAAUGUCGAUCCAGAAACAGUUUUUCCCCUUUUCCGCAUAUCGUACCAUUGGAUUGCGCCUCUCGGCUUAUUAGCGACUAUUACUGUCGGUGCAAUUGUUGGCUGGUUAUUUGACAAGAAGGCUUCAUUGAGGACUGACCUCGAGCUGUUCACACCUCUGAUUUGGAGGUGCCUGCCACAGGAGUAUCACGACAAAGGAGGCGAGACUCGACGGCAAAUUGCCGCCAAAGACCUGCUAAGAAGCGGCCAGGUUGCUUCCACCCCAUUAAUAGAAACCAAACCAGAAGGAAAGGUGAAUAAUACAGAGAUCGAAAUUAAUGGCGAAGUUCCACAAAAAUCUUAGAUUUAUUUUUUGUAAAGUAAUCUUCUAGUACGUCACGAACUUUUUACGGAUCGAAAAAUGUAUUAAAUAUUAUUUUAUAAAUUGCUGUUUUAUAAUUAUUAUUCUAUAAUUUUGGAGUCAUUCCUUUUAGGUGGUGUUCAAUAAUGUUAAGCUUCAGUACAAUGAGUUAUUUAUAAAAUCGUUACUCUUCUAUUGUUGGCUAAAUUUACAAUGUAUGACUACAUAAAUAAGAGUUGUAAAAUGUGCGCUAAAAUGUUUUAAAUUGUUUAAAUUGCAUGCAACAAUAUGCAUAACAAAAUUUACAACAGGGACCAAUACUUUUGUCUUAGCUUUGCAUCUAGUAUUAUUUUUUAAGUCAAUGAUAUUGAAAAUGAAAUACAUUAUUUAUUCAAAGUUUACGAUAACUAAUAUACAGUAAUUUGGUGCCUCAUUUUUAGUGUUUUACAUUUGAUGAUCACACGCAAAGUGUCCUCUAAGAAAAGCUUUUAUUUCAGGAAUAUUUGACUUGAGAAUGAGGUUUACUGCCUCGAGAAUAUCGAGGCUUUUGACAUUAAGAGACCCUUAAUUAAAAAGUAUAAGGGCGCCUAUAAAUUAGAC